AUGCCGUACCUCAAACUCCGAGAUGGAGCCCAGCUUUACUAUAAGGAUUGGGGCAAUCCAGAGGGCGCCAUAGUCACCUUCUCUCAUGGCUGGCCGCUCAGCAGCGACAACUGGGAGAAUCAGAUGUUUUUCCUAGCCGAGCAUGGCUACCGUGUCAUUGGACACGACCGACGGGGUCAUGGACGAUCGACCCAGACCUGGGACGGGAACAACAUGGAGACAUUUGUGGAUGACCUGCAGGAGCUAUUCGAGCAUCUCGACAUCAAAGAUGCCAUGAUGGUUGGGCAUUCCCAUGGUGGAGGAGAAGUGACGCGCUUUCUGGGCAAGCAUGGUACCAGCCGCGUCAAGAAAGCCGUGCUCGUUGGAGCCGUGCCACCCCUGAUGCUCAAGACCGCAGCAAACCCAGAGGGAACAGACAAGUCCGUCUUUGACGGCUUUCGCCAAGCAUUCCUUCAGGACCGAGCGCAAUUCUUUUUACAAGUUGCCACCGAUCCAUUCUUUGGUUUCAACCGCGCCGGGGUCCAGAAAAGCGAGGGCCAAAUUCGGAGCUGGUGGCAGCAGGGCAUGAACACUAGCUUUAAGACGGCGCACGAUGCGAUCAAGGACUUUUCGGAGACAGACUUCACGGAGGAUCUAAAACGAAUUGAUAUUCCUGUCCUGGUCCUCCAUGGCGACGAUGACCAAGUGGUUCCCAUUCAGGCAUCCGGAUAUAAAUCUGUGAAGCUUUUAAAACAUGGAACGCUAAAGGUCUACCCUGGAGGGUCUCACGCCAUCCACAACAUUAACGUCGCUGAAGUUAACCAAGACCUCCUCAACUUCUUGGAGUCAUAA